UUCAAUUGCCGAACUCUUCGCAGUGACUCAUGUUUAUCAAGCUUUUCAUGGUGGUGAGGAAGCUGCAGUUUCCUCUUCUCUACCUUUGGUGAAACGAAGUGUUUUGGGCGGCCUCUUACCUGAGUCAUUGCUUUAUGUACUGGAACGUAGCGGCCCAGUUGCUUUUGCCGCAGCAAUGGUUUCUGAUUCUGACACUCCUGAGAUUAUUUGGACACACAAGAUGCGAGCAGAAAAUCUGAUCCGUCAGGUUCUUCAGCAUCUUGGUGAUUUCCCUCAGAAAUUGUCACAGCAUUGUCAUUCCUUAUAUGACUAUGCUCCAAUGCCACCAGUGACAUAUCCAGAGCUGAAAGAUGAAAUGUGGUGUCAUCGUUAUUAUCUUCGAAACUUAUGUGAUGAAAUUAGAUUUCCUAAUUGGCCUAUUGUUGAACAUGUUGAGUUUUUGCAAUCAUUGCUAGUAAUGUGGAGAGAAGAGUUAACUCGAAGGCCAACGGACCUUUCUGAAGAAGAAGCUUGCAAGAUACUAGAGAUUUCCAUUGAUGAAGUAUCCAGAGACGAAGCCCCUAAGAAACCAAGUUUUGAGUCAGUUGAGGAGAUACCUAAUAUAUCAAAGCAGAUUGAGUAUAUUGAUGAGGAAAAGCUCAAGAGACAGUAUAGGAAACUUGCAAUGAAGUAUCAUCCAAACAAAAAUCCUGAAGAGAGGGAGAAGUUUCUGGCAGUGCAGAAUGCUUAUGAGUGCUUGCAGGUGACCAUGCAAGGAUUGCAAGGUCCCCAGACUUGGAGGUUGUUGCUUCUCUUAAAAGGACCAGUGUAUUCUAUAUAGGCGAUAUGGGAAUGUAUUGAUGCCAUUCAAAUAUGCUGGAUAUCCUAUGCUCUUAAGUGCCAUUACAGUGGACAAGGAUGAUAAGAAUUUUCUUUCCUCU